AUGGGGAACCAGCCAAAACACAUGUAUUCAUUGCCGGUCCCUGGGACCGAGGAGGAGAGCUUCUCCGCAGUGUACAGGUGCCCGCUUAGCGUCGACAAAGUCCUCUCAUACAAAGACUACUUUGACGGAAAGAUCGCUACAGGAUGGGACAUCUUCCAGCACGGUCUGAAACUAGACCCAGAUGGACCAUGCCUCGGCAUAAGAGUCAGGAAGGAGGAUGGCACGCUCGGAGAGUAUGCUUUCAAAUCCUACCGUGAGGUGGAAGCGCUGGUCCAGCGCUUUGGCAGUGGACUCAGCACCAUUGCCGGAAUAGAGAAGGUGCAGGUAAACGCGCCUGAACCGGUGGAAGCCAUGAUGAUCGGCAUUUAUGCUCCAAACUGCGUUGAGUGGCUGAUUUGCGAGCAGACGGCAAAUGCUUUCGGGUACACCAUCGUGCCCAUUUACGAUACCAUUGGCGAGGAGUCGAUCCUUCACAUCCUGCAAAACUCGGACAUCAACGUGGUCGUAUGUGACUAUGGGUGUGCGCAGAAGCUCAUGAGGACGAUGCCGAAGGCGCAGGCGCACACCAUCAAGGCUGUUAUUGUGAUUGGUACGGAAACGGUGGCGCCGGAGGGCAACAAUGUAGAAGUGCUUCUCUUCGACGAAGUUUUGGCAAAAGGUGAUGCCAACCUGAUCCCAUUCAGCCCCGCGACACCCGAACAGGUGAACACCAUCUCUUACACUUCCGGCACCUCGGGAAUACCUAAGGGCGUCAUCUUGACGCAGGGACAGAUUGCAUCGCUCAUCACCGUGGUGAACCAAACGGUGAGCCUGACUGGCAAAGUAUCGCCCGAGGCCGUCAAGUGCUACCUCAGCUAUCUGCCCCUCGCCCACAUGUAUGAGCGGCUGUACAUUAACUCGUGCCUCAUCGUGGGAGGCAGGAUUGGACUCUACAGCGGGGACGUGCGCAACAUACUGGAGGACCUAGAGACGCUCAAACCCACAGUGUUUGUCAGCGUCCCGAGGCUGUAUUUCAGGAUACACGACAAGGUGUUUUCAAACGUCUCGAGAAAGCCCUGGAUCAUACAGGCCAUCUUCAACAUGGCGCUCAACGCCAAGCUGAGGAGGAUACGCACCACAGGAAACUGCAAGCAUGCAUUAUGGGACAGGGUUGUUUUCAAAAAGUUCCCGGCGCUGUUCGGCGGGAAGGUCGAGUGGAUGAUGACGGGGUCAGCGCCACUGUCCCCACUGACCUAUGACAGGAUGAGAGCGAUCUUCGGCACAGAGCUGCUUUCCGGUUACGGCCUCACAGAAACCGCUGCUGGAGCCAUCUUUAACAUGGCUGGAGAGACGGACACCACACAUGUCGGAGGAAUCAUCCCCUCUCUGGAGUUCAGGCUCAAGUCGCUACCAGACCUAGAAUACUCAGUCAAUGACCCCAACCCAAGAGGGGAGCUCAUGUUGAGGGGCAGCCACGUGACAUGCGGCUAUUUCAGGAACCCUGAGGCCACUGCUGAGACCAUCCAGGACGGGUGGCUGCUCACUGGUGACAUUGCCGAGCUCCUGCCUAACGGCGCCAUCAAAAUCAUCGACCGUAGGAAGCACAUUUUCAAGCUGAUGCAGGGCGAGUACAUUAUGCCUGAGAAAUUGGAAGCCGUACUUAUCGGCUGCCCUCUGCUCAGCCAGGCGUUCGUCACGGGAAAGUCAACCGAGGUUUACCCCGUAGCCAUUGUCGUGCCAGACGAAGUAGAGGUGCAAUUCUGGGCCAAGGAUAACGGGCAUUCCGAGUUAUCGCUGCAGGAAAUUUGCAAGCUGCCGGAGUUCAAGGAGGCCAUCAUGAAGCAAAUGAAUAAAGCUUAUGACGAGUCUGGUGUCAAGGGAUUCGAGAGGUGCAAGCAGAUUUAUGUGGAGCCGGAGCCGUUCUCCAUUGGCAACGACAUGCUCACUACAACCAACAAGCUUCGCCGUCACAGCGCGAAAAAGAGAUACAGUGACAUCAUAGACGAGCUGUGCGCCGCAGGAGUAUAG